GGCCACCAUGGCGGAUGAAAUCGAUUUCGCCACGGGAGAUGCCGGGGCUUCCAGCACUUACCCGAUGCAGUGCUCGGCGCUGCGCAAAAACGGCUUCGUGGUCCUCAAAGGACGGCCUUGCAAGAUCGUCGAGAUGUCCACUUCCAAAACUGGGAAGCACGGGCAUGCGAAGGUUCACCUUGUUGGAAUUGAUAUUUUCACGGGCAAAAAAUAUGAAGAUAUUUGCCCUUCGACUCACAAUAUGGAUGUUCCAAAUAUUAAGAGAAAUGAUUAUCAACUGAUAUGCAUACAGGAUGGUUACCUUUCCCUGCUGACAGAAACUGGUGAAGUUCGUGAGGAUCUUAAGCUGCCAGAAGGUGAACUAGGCAAAGAAAUAGAAGGAAAAUACAAUGCAGGUGAAGAUGUACAGGUAUCUGUCAUGUGUGCAAUGAGUGAAGAAUAUGCCGUAGCCAUAAAGCCGUGCAAAUAAAAGGGAACAUUAGGCAUGAGCAAACUGCUUAGGUCUGAAUCAAGUACAGAUCUAAAGUUUGUUCUAAAUUGUCACCAAAGCUAUGGCCUUCAUAAGCAAUCUCAUUUCUUUUUUACUUAUUUUAAAGUCAUACUGUUUAUUUUGCAGAAAAUUGAUAGUUUAAAAAGAAUAAUCAAGUGUAUGAUUCCUUUUUUAAUUUUGUAGAUCUUUUCUGUAACAUUCUUAGGGUUUUCAGUAUGAGUACAAGAAACUGAGAAAAAGCUUCAGCAGAUAAGAUUUAUCUGAGAAAAUCAUUCCUGAAUUUUAAUUAAGUGAUAGAUAAACCAGGGUUUUAAUUAAAUAAUGUAGCAUCUAGUGACAUUGAAGCACUAUAUUUAAAUUGAAUUGCUCUGCAUUAAAGUUAAUGUCAUACAAUAAGUACUGUGUGGAAUUGUUGCAGUCUCAGCCUGGCAAGCACAAAUCCUUAAAAAAAAAGUAAUGUUAUCAGGGCUGGAGUGAUAAUACAACAGGUAGGGCAUUUGCCUUGCAUGCAACUGCUCUGGUCCUAUCCUGGCACCCUAUAUGGUCCCCUGAGCACUGAUAGGAAUAAUUCUUGAGUUCAGAGCCAGGAGUAACCCCUGAGCACCAUCAAGUAUGGCCCCCCAAAAAAUCAUGUUAUUAGGGCCAGAGCAGAUAGUAAGCAGAUAGGGUAUUUGCCUUGCACAUAGCCACCCUAGGUUCAAUUCCCAGCACCACAUAUGUUCUUCUGAGCCUGCCAGCAAUGAUCCAUAAAUGCAGAGCCAGUAAUAAGACCUGACCACUGCCAGGAGUGGCAAAGAAAAAAAAUGUAUGUUAUCAAAAAGUGUCAGUUAUCUUAAUAGCCAUGUGCAACCACCUAUAUUACCUCAAUCAUAAUUUUCUGUCAGAUUGUUGGCAGACUUCAUAUUACCUUAUAUAUAUAUGGUGAUUUUGAUACUUAUGUUGACAGGAGCAUUGGUUUAUUGUUUAUUCAUUAGUAAAUCAGAAUGUAAAGAAAACAGAGACAGGGAUAGUGAUAUUAGAUGUUGUUACUGCUAAAGUUUCUAGCUGUGUUUUUGUUCCUCUGUCUCACUGCUUUAUAAAAUAUUGUCCAGUACUUGAUGUCAAUAUUUUGAAUAAAUACUGAUAGUCACUCCAAGCAUUUUUAAGUAGAUAUUUUGACAUUAAGAUGUCAGGAAAAAACUGGAAACUUUAUUUUAAAUUUAUUUGAACAUUUGUCAAAUUUGUAUACCUCAUUCUAAAACAAACUGAACUGAACAUGGGAGAAAAGUUACAUUGUGUGAUAUUUAACUUAUUUUAAGAAGUAUAGGUAUUUUUUGACUGUCAUGACAAUUCAACUACUGAUGUGUAAAAUAAUUAGGAAAGAAUUAGUAAACUGAAAUUUUUAGACAUUUUUAGAUGAGUCUGCUAUUUAGUCUUUCAAAUCAUAUUUAUCAUAAUUUCCAAAAUUUCAACACAAUGUCAUAGGGGUUUAGAUUGCCUUUAACUCAAUAAACUCAUUAUAGUGUUGAUGCUUGCAACAAACUGAUUAUUAAUACCUUCAUUCUAUAUGAUAGAUUAUAAGCCAUCAUGCUUUGAUCUUUAAAAGGUCCUUUGUCCAUAUUAUCUAGAAAAAUCGUAUACAACAAUUGGCCUAAUCAGGACCAGAAAUAGCAUUGGGAACAGAAAAUCCUGAAGGUUUUUUUGUAUAAAUUUAUUUGUACACUCCUUAAAAUCUUGUCAUGGCUUCAACAAGUCCAUUUAGAGAAGGAAGAGAGACCAUAAGAGAAAUGCAGGAAUUGUAAAGCACAAGAACUAAGGUUGUAGUUUAUCAUGUACAGAGUGACACUUUCACUUUUACCCAUUGAAGCACAAUUAGUAAUUAAACUAAAUUCUUUCCAGUAUUGCAUAUAAGUAUUUACUACAUAUUAUUCUAGUUUUUUUUUACUACUCUAAUAUGUAUAUUACUUGCUUCUGGUUGACAUUAUUACCCACAAAACUUCCAUUAAGUUUUCCAUCUGUGCUGCUUGUGGAUAUGACCUCAGUUAAACAUACUAAUAUUCUGAUUUAGUAAUUCUGUAUUAGCAUGGCUUUGUUCUUCCUAACUUGUUAAAAAUGUAACAUAUAUUUUCAAU